ACAUAGCAGUAGUUGAUAUGAGUGACGUGUUCCGUCAGCCCUCGUUGUUUUACCAUCUGGGUGUCAGAGAGAGCUUCGACAUGGCCAACAAUGUCAUCCUGUACCAUGACACUGACCCCGACACCGCUCUGUCACUGAAGGACAUGGUGGCACAGAAAAACACUGCGUCUAGAACACAGACAAUAGGGUUCCCCUGGGUUCAACUCCCUCCAGAGUACAGAGGCUCUGGAUUACGCAACAAAGCGUCCAGUGGUAACUACUACUUCAUCCCCUAUGUGCUGACUCCUAACCAUGAGUAUAUGUGUUGUGAGAGCGAUGCCCAGAGGAGGGCCAGUGAAUACAUGCAGCCCAGCUGGGACAGCCUGCUGAGUCCUCUCUGUCUGCCACUCACCGACCGCUUCACCUCACUGCUCAAGGACAUCCACGUCACCUCCUGUGCCUCGUUUAAGGAUACUCUGCUGAAUGACAUCAGGAAAGCCCGUGAUAAGUACCAGGGGGAGGAGCUAGCCAAGGAGCUGUCUCGUAUCAAACUGCGCAUCGACAACACAGAGGUCCUAACACAGGACAUCGUCAUGAACCUGCUGUUCUCAUACAGAGACAUACAGGACUAUGAUGCCAUGGUGAAACUGGUCCAGACUCUGGAGAUGCUGCCUACCUGUGACCUGGCCACACAGCCCAUGAUACAGUUCCACUACGCUUUCGCUCUCAACAGGAGGAACAGCCCGGGGGACAGAGAGCAGGCUCUUGGUGUGAUGUUACAGGUGUUACAGUCAUGUGACCACCCAGCUCCAGACAUGUUCUGUCUGUGUGGAAGGAUCUACAAAGACAUCUUCCUCGACUCUGACUGUAAAGACACCAAGAACAGGGACAACGCCAUCCAGUGGUACAGGAAAGGUUUUGAGCUCCAGCCAACUCUCUACUCUGGUAUCAAUCUGGCUAUUCUGCUCAUUGUUGCUGGACAACAGUUUGAGAGUUCCAUCGAGCUGAGGAAGAUAGGUGUAAGGUUAAACAGUCUCCUGGGUCGUAAGGGCUCGUUAGAGAAGAUGAAUAACUACUGGGAUGUUGGUCAGUUCUUUACCGUUAGCAUGUUGGCAAAUGACAUCCCUAAAGCUACGCAGGCCGCAGAGAAACUCUUCAAACUCAAACCUCCCAUCUGGUACUUGCGGUCUGUGGUUCAGAACCUGCAGUUGAUCCAGAGAUUUAAGAAGACGACAGUAGAACACUCUCCCCAGAGAGAGAGGCUCAACUUCUGGAUGGACAUCAUUGUAGAGGCCACUAGAGGAAAAAGCAACGGACUGCGCUUUCCGGUGUUGAUCCUAGAGCCUACUAAGGUCUACCAGCCCUCAUAUGUUUCCAUCAACAGCGAGGCGGAGGAGAAGAACGUGUCCAUCUGGCACGUCUCCCCUGCUGAAACGAAAGGGAUCCAUGAGUGGAACUUCACUGCAACAUCCAUCAAAGGCAUCAGUAUCUCUAAGUUUGACGAGCGCUGUUGUUUCCUGUAUGUUCACGACAACUCAGACGACUUCCAGAUCUACUUCUCUACUGAAGAUCAGUGUGGCCGGUUCUGUUCCAUGGUGAAGGAGAUGAUUUCUGAUGGAACAGGAAAUGCAGUGGAGCUGGAGGGAGACGGAGACGGAGAUACACUGGAGUAUGAGUAUGACAUUAACGAGAAGGCGGACCGUGUGGUACUGGGCCGGGGGACCUAUGGAGUGGUGUACGCUGGGAGAGACAUGAGCAACCAGGUCCGCAUCGCCAUUAAAGAGAUACCAGAGAGAGACAGCAGGUACUCCCAACCCCUUCAUGAGGAGAUAGCGCUCCAUAAGUACCUGAAGCACAGGAACAUUGUUCAGUACCUGGGCUCAGUCUCAGAGGACGGAUACAUCAAGAUCUUCAUGGAGCAAGUCCCUGGAGGCAGUCUGUCAGCGUUGCUGCGGUCAAAGUGGGGUCCAUUGAAGGAGGCAACCAUCAUCUUCUACACACGACAGAUCCUGGAGGGACUCCGCUAUCUCCACGAGAACCAGAUAGUACACCGUGACAUCAAGGGCGAUAAUGUAUUAGUUAAUACCUACAGUGGAGUUCUGAAGAUAUCAGACUUCGGGACGUCUAAAAGGCUUGCGGGGGUCAACCCCUGCACCGAGACCUUCACUGGUACCCUGCAGUACAUGGCUCCAGAGAUCAUAGACAAGGGUCCUCGGGGUUACGGGGCUCCAGCUGACAUCUGGUCGUUGGGCUGCACCAUCAUAGAGAUGGCCACUGGGAAACCCCCCUUCCACGAGCUGGGAGAGCCUCAGGCUGCCAUGUUUAAGGUGGGGAUGUUUAAGAUCCACCCAGAGAUCCCAGAGUCGUUGUCGUUGGAGGCCAAGUCAUUUAUCCUGCGUUGUUUUGAGCCUGACCCCAAUAAGAGGGCUACAGCCACAGACCUGCUCAAAGAUAUCUUCGUACGACACAAUGUCAAGGGAAAGAAGAGCAAGAUCGCCUUCAAGCCAUCAGUCUGGCAAGACUACAUCCGUAGUGUGUCGCUGCCGGUGCAGUUACAGUGUGAGGCCACCGGGAGCAGCAGCAGCGAGCCUGGCUCAGUGAGUCCAGACUGCGACUCCAAACAGGACGUCUUCUUUCAGAAGAACAAACGAUCAGGGUCAGAAAACCUGCUCAAACCACCUAGCAACAACUACCUAAGUGUACCGGAUGAGGGGUCGGUGUCGGAGGACCGUAGCUCUCCUGCGUCUCUAGAAGACAGAGAUGGAGGGCUCUUCCUGCUCAAAAAGGACAGCGAGAGGAGAGCCAUCCUCUAUAAGGUCCUAAAUGAGGACCAGGACAAAGUCAUCUCCAACCUCCUGGAGAACCACAUACAGGGUAGUGAGGAGCUGCAGCUCUCUGUGGACCACAUUAAACAGAUCAUCUGUAUCUUGAGAGAUUUCAUCCACUCCCCAGAGCGACGCGUCAUGGCAACAACCAUCUCCAAACUCAAACUGGACCUAGACUUCGACUCCACAUCCAUUAACCAGAUACAACUUGUUCUUUUCGGCUUCCAGGACUCAGUGAACAAGGUCCUGAGGAACCAUCAUAUUAAACCUCACUGGAUGUUUGCUAUGGACAACAUCAUCAGACGAGCAGUACAGGCUGCAGUCACCAUCCUCAUACCAGAGCUCCAGACCCACUUCGGCCCGGCCUCGGAGAGCGAGGGACCAGAUAAGGAGGAGGAGGAAGAGGAAGAGGAGGCAGAGUUUGGCCCUGUAUUGGUCACGCCUCCAGACGACCCUGCUGUGACCCCCAACCCCGUGGUGACCUCAGCAGUCAGCACGCUCAGCUCCGCCCUCUCCUCCCCUCCUCCGCCUCAGCGCUCACAGCCUCUCGGAGCCCAGCUGGGACGGCUCAAACAGGAGACCAACCGGUUGUUGGAGGAACUGCUGCACAGGGAGAGAGAGUACCAGCAGGUCCUGAAGACAACACUACAGCAGAGACAACAUGACCUGGAGCUGGUCAGGGUCAGACACAGACCCCCAGACGUUCCUCCUCCCUCUAUCUUCCAAGUCCCAGUUGACCAGGUGCCCGAUAAGCAGCUCACUGAUUGGCUGAAAGACCAGAGUGCGGAUGCAGACACCAUAGACAAGUUUGUAAUGGAGGAGUACACGCUGAGCGAUGUCCUUAAUGAUGUCACUAAGGAGGACCUACGCUACCUACGCCUACGGGGUGGGGUGCUGUGUCGUAUCUGGCGGGGUAUCCAGAGGCACAGAGAGCGAGAGAGGCUGACAAGGGAUGACCCCAAAGAUGACGGAUGAUGGGAUACAUGAACUAUGACUGCCUUAACACGCACACACACACACACACACACACACACACACAGAAACAGAA